AUGACUCGAUUUCGAUCCCAGGUAGAGCGACUUUUUCGGCAAAAUGAGCGCUCAAGGAGAACGCGUAGCCUCGACUGCCGAAUCGAGGAAACACGACGAUCAUUCGGUGGCACACGUAGUAGUGCUUAUUCUAGACGAUCGGACUGUCGACUACUUGAAGAGAACGUAAAUGGAUCGAUAUCCGGUCUUUCACAGAGCGAGAAACGCAUGAUUAAGAUUUGUUGGCUUAAAUGCUCUCAAAAACAAUUGAAGAAAUGCGCGGAGGAUAUUUUCAGGGAUAUUUUACGUAGAGAUCAAACACUACUAAAGCUGUUCAAAUUGGAAUCGGCACCACCGACUCGGCUACGGAGCAAUGAGUUCUUCAAAUCACACGCAGGAAAUUUCGCAAUAGUAUUAAAUUCUGUUGCCAUUAACAUCGGCGAAAAUUUUCAGAACACAUGUGAAGCUCUGCAGAUUCUCGGCUAUCAACACGCGGCACUGAAAAGUCGCGGAUUUCAAACAGCAUACUGGGAUAUUUUUACGGACUGUUUCGAACAAAAUCGACCAGUAUCAUUUAGAAAAGAGAAGGAGAACGAGGCAUGGAGUCGGAUGAUACUAUUUAUACUGGCACAGAUGAAAAUCGGCUAUCAACGUGGGCUAGCUGAUCAAAAAAAGGAGCGCCUCGGUGCCUUAGCCAUUUAUUGA